AUGAAAAUCUCUAAUUUUAUUAUAUUUUUAAAGAAUAAAUCAUUUAGUCCAUGUGCUACAGAGAAGUCAGGGUGUAAUGACUCUUCAAUUGUCGUUAAUGAAUUGUCUGGAUCAUCUAAAGUCGUCGAUUUGAGUGUUACUACCGUAUCCCUUCCAAGCGCGACAUUUAACGUCAUUUUACGUGUUAUCGCCUGGCCAUACACUUUUCUCUCUAUGGUUCAAAAUUUCUAA